AUGUCUCUCAACUACAUCAAAAACUUCUACGAAGGAUGUCUGCGGCCUCCGACGGUGAUAGGACAGUUCCACACUCUGUUCUUCGGGUCAGUGCGGAUGUUCUUCCUUGGAGUUCUGGGAUUUGCAGUUUAUGGGAAUGAGGCUCUGCACUUUAGCUGUGACCCAGACCGAAGAGAACUCAAUCUGUUCUGCUACAACCAGUUCAGACCAAUAACCCCACAGGUGUUCUGGGCUCUGCAGAUGGUGACCGUGCUGGUUCCAGGAGCAGUGUUCCAUCUGUACGCUGCCUGUAAGAACAUCGACCAGGAGGAGAUCCUGGAGAGGCCACUCUACACCGUCUUCUACAUUAUCUCUGUGCUUUUGCGCAUCAUCCUGGAGGUUAUCGCCUUCUGGCUCCAGAGCCACCUCUUCGGAUUUCAGGUGCAUCCUCUGUUCAUGUGCGAUGCCAGUGCUCUGGAGAAGGCCUUUAACGUGACCAAAUGUAUGGUUCCUGAACACUUUGAAAAGACCAUCUUCCUCAGUGCCAUGUACACGUUUACCGUCAUCACCAUCAUUCUGUGUGUGGCAGAAAUAUUUGAGAUUCUGUGUCGGCGCCUCGGAUAUCUCAACAACCAAUGA